AACCCCUACAGCAACCACACAUACAACCCCCUCUACGACCACAUCCAAGACUACUCACACUACGCAUUCCACCACGCAUUCGACGACGCAUUCGACUACGCAUUCGACUACGCAUUCUACCACGCAUUCGACUACGCAUUCGACUACACACUCAACGAAACCGACGCCAACUCACACGCCAGCAGGUCAUGUGACAACAGCAUCCACUGCACAUACUACGGCACACACAGCUACAUUGGCGAUCGGAGGAUUAACUACGGCGCCGCACCCACCAAAAAGUACCUUGCCUCCAAGUCGUACUUACGAAGCAGAAAUGGAGUUCCUCGCAGACAAAACGGACUUCUUCAACGCCAAGUUCGACUUCCAUGUCCAGGAAGAGGUAUUGGGCUGGAUAGUCAACAUUACAUUUGAUGGACCCAUCAACGCUAUCGAUAGUAGUUGGGGAGUUUAUGAGAAACUUUCAGACGACAAGCUUCACUGGACAAUGGUCAGCUUUCCACAUCUGGCCCACUUGCCCAUUGGGUCAACAUAUUCACUUUUAAUUUCUGCCAACUAUCAUGGACAUCCCAGACCUCUGCACGCCCACGCUGUUCUGACCAACAUGGGGCGAGAUAAAUGGUCAUUUAGUCCAGCAGCUACAAGUGAUACAUCCAAGUACAACUACAACGACGUACUGUUCAAGUCCAUUCUGUUUUAUGAAGCGCAAAGAACUGGCAAACUUCCAGCCACGAACAGACUGCCUUACAGGGGCGAUUCUCUUCUCCAGGACAAAGGGGAUGGAGGUGAAGAUUUGUCUGGAGGUUACUUUGUAGGUCAAGGCCAUGUUAAGUUCAACUUCCCCAUCGCUUACUCAGCCACCAUAUUGUCCUGGGGGUAUCUUCUCUAUGAGGACGCUUACAAAGCUGCAGGACAGGAGGACCAUCUUUUAGAAAGUAUCAAGUGGGCGCUGGACUAUCUCAUCAAAUGUCACACCAAGCCAGACGAGUUCUAUGUUCAGGUCAGUGAUUAUCUGGCAGACUACUGGAGCUGGAACCAUCCUGAAUUUUAUCUGGGAGACAGACCGCCAUACAGAAUAAACGCAACUCACCCCGGUACUGACAUCGCUAUGGAAGCAGCUGCUGCAUUUGCUGCGGGAUCCCUUGUCUUUAAAACCAAGGAUCCCUCGUACUCGACCAGGCUGUUGACCCAUGCCAAACAGCUCUGGGACUUUGCAGACAAAAAUCGUGGGAUAUAUAGCGACUCCAUCGAAGUAGCUGCUCACAACUACAGCUCCCACGGCUUUAACGAUGAGAUCUGCUGGGGCUCUCUGUGGCUGUACCAGGCAACCAAUGACAACACUUACCUAACUGCAGCAGAGCAACACUUUGACCCACUUCCAGCUCCAGACAUGUCCUGGGAUAACAAGACUGCUGCCAAUCAGGUUCUUCUGUACAAACUGACCAAAGACGACAAAUACAAGACGGCCGUAGAAAGCACAUUUCACUACUGGUUCCCUGGAGGUUCUAUUCCGUACACUCCUAAAGGUUUGGCUCACAGAUCGGACAGGGCGGCACUCAGUAGUGCAGCAAACAUGGCCAUGUUGGCCCUCAUAGCAGCUGAUGCUGAUCUUCAUCAUAAUGAGUUCAGGCACUGGGCCAUGUGCCAGAUACAUUACGCUUUGGGAGACACAGGGUUCAGCUACGUGGUUGGGUUCGGUGAUGACUAUCCAUUGAAACCCUAUCAGAGAAUCAGCAUGUGCCCGAACCACCCCGCCCACUGCGGGCCUGAUAUACUUCAGGCAGAUAUGCCCAACAUACACAUUCUGUACGGCGCCCUUGUCGGGGGUCCUGGAGCCAAUGAUGAAUACGUGGACAAGUUUGACAGCGUUCUUAACAACGAGGUCACCAUAGAGUUCAACGCUGGUUUUCAAACUGCUGUAGCUGCCCUGAAAUCUCUGUGGUUAAGAUCUCAACACCCUGAGCAACUGAAUGACGGCCAGUGUCCAUACACAGGAGGUAUCGACGUUUUCAGUGGAUGAGAACAUCUUGGAGUUUACAGCAUGAAGCAAAUUGAAAUGUUUCCUGUGACAGAAUUCAACAAUUUUACUGUGUCUUUAUUACACAUUUACUUUUAAUAGAAUGAAAUAAAAAAAAUGAAAUAGGAUAUUCAAGAAUGAAAUAAAUAAUCUAAUUGC